AUUUCCCCUUAUCCGAAGGACGGCGCUCCUCUCUUUCCCCUCUCUAAAACCCCUCGCGCAGGCAGCGGCCAUGGCCACGGCGUCGCCGCCAGCCUGCUCCCUCCUCCUGCCGUCCACCGCCGCCGCCACCUACGCUAGCGGUCGACGAGCGCCCCGCUUCCUCGCCUCCGCGCGCUCUGCCUCAGCCCGUCGGCCCCUCUCCACGGCUUCCUCGCCUAGGGUCGCGGCCCCCGCCGCCGUCGAGAUCCCGGAGGAGUACGUCGAUGAGAUUGAAGCGGUGAACAUCGCGCUGGACGUCACUCAGCUAAUCGGGAAAACCCCAAUGGUAUACCUAAACAAUGUUGUUGAAGGUUGUGUCGCUAACAUCGCCGCAAAGCUCGAGUACAUGGGACCUUGCCGAAGCGUCAAAGACAGGAUUGCAUUAAGCAUGAUUACUGACGCUGAAGAGAAAGGACUAAUUUCUCCAAAUAAGACCAUCUUGGUAGAACCAACUACGGGGAAUACUGGCAUAGGCCUAGCUUCAGUCGCUGCUGCCAGAGGAUACAAGUUCAUAGCAACUAUGCCGUCAUCAAUAGAUGUUGAGAGGCGCAUUCUUAUACGCGCAUUUGGAGCAGAAAUCGUGUUGACUGACCCUAAAAAGGGACUAAAAGGAGCUUUUGAUAAAGCCGAGGAAAUUGUUUCAAAGAGGCCGAAUGCGUACAUGUUUCAUCAGUUCAACAAUUCAGCUAACAGUGAGAUCCACUUUCAAACCACAGGCCCAGAAAUAUGGGAGGACACACUGGGUACUGUUGACAUACUUGUUGCAAGCAUUGGGACAGGCGGCACUAUUACCGGCACUGGUCGAUACUUGAAAAUGAUGAACAAGGAUGUUAAGGUCAUCGGGGUAGAACCUGCUGAAACUAGUAUCAUUUCUGGCGACAGCCCAGGUUAUAUUCCAAGCAUAUUAGAUGUUGAGCUGCUCGAUGAGGUUGUGAAGGUUACCACGGGAGAGGCAGUUGAUGUUGCAAGGCAGCUUGCACUAAGAGAGGGCUUGCUGGUUGGCAUUUCGUCAGGUGCUGCAGCAGUCGCUGCUAUGAACGUGGCCAAAAGACCUGAAAACGCUGGAAAGCUGAUUGCGGUUAUUUUCCCCAGCUUUGGAGAGAGAUACAUCUCUAGCAUCCUGUUCCGUCCGAUAUAUAACUCGGUUCGAAGAAUGAGGAAGAGAUAACUGACUAACUAGCUUUUGCCACUCCAAGAACGAUGAACGUGAUCGUUUGUAAACCGGGCUGGCUUUCCUUGCAUGCCAAAUUUGAAGAGUCAAGUCCCUGGUAGAUGCACUUCAAGCAGGGUCUGAAGUUUUGAAAUGCGGUUGCCAAGGGUGAUGGUCAUGGAAGUUUGACAUUGCACG